UGAGAGUGAGUGUAAACAAAGAUGGCUGACACAGAGAGCAGCUGCACCUCUGUGGGUGACCGUACUGAAGACCUGGUGUCCCCCACCAGGGACGCCCUUGUGGACGGCAUCGUGGGUCUCCUCAAGCCCUGUCUUGACCAGCUGGAUGACAGGGUCCGUGCCACCAGAGUGAGUCAGAGUGAGCUGCACCAACAGCUAGAGGGACUGGCAGCAGAGUUGGCCCGGGUGCAGGAACAGACCCGGUGUCCUUUACAGCUUGAUGCGUAUAUUAAAAAGUUGCAAAAUGCUAAGAGAAGAGUAGUUGUAGUUAACAAUAUUCUCCAAAACACACAAGACCGUCUCAACAAAUUACACACUCAGGUUAAUAAGGAAAAUGCACGUCGUAGAGCUCUGCUAGAAACUACAUCCCCCUUGUCAAUCACACCCUCAACUUCUCUCCAUGCUCCUUAACUGAUUUUUCAGUGGCUCUGAAGAUAUUUCCAUAGGCAUUUUACCUCUGAAUAUUAUAUAUCAGGAGUCAGAUGUGAUGUCUUUAUUAACUAGUUAAUAAUUUAAUGUGAGAAAAUAAUUUAGGUAUAUUUAAAUUAAAAUAUGGCUUAGAUUGUGUAUUAUCUAUGUUUUAUACAGUAGUUAUUUAUUGUAGGUUUUCAGAUUUCAAUAGGAUUUUAUGCUCAGAUAUACACUAGCUGAAGGUUUCCUCGAGUAGGAAACAGAGAGCCAGUAUUCUUGAGAUUUGGCAUUCCAGUACGGUUUUUGUCCUUGGUUAAUUUUUCAUGUUUAUUUUCUGUAUAAAGACAAUGUACAGUAAACAAGUCUGAUUCAAAGACAUAGUACUGUGCCUCUAGUCAUUUGUCAGUCUCGUGAUAGUUGAUAUUUUUUUAAUAGUCUGAUUGUAUACUUUUGUUGAGGCAUUGUUGAUAGUUGUUUUGUAUACCACUUUAUAUUAUUUUAUACAUUAUCUUUGGUUUUACUUAUUAAGACAAAUAAAAAGGCUGCAUACAGAAUGGAAGAGGAAUUAAUUAAUACAAUUAAGACUCCAAUUUUCUCCCAUAUUACCUCUGAAGAUCUGGACCAUAUAUACGAGCCAUCAGAAGAUAGUUUCCUACUUAUUGAUGCUUUAGAAAAGGAUUUAGAUCUUAUUCGCAAAAGCAAACCAUUGUUAUGUUUGGAAGUUGGUUCAGGUUCAGGUGUCGUGAUAACAGCUUUGGGUACUGUUCUAGGGUCCCAGUGUCAUUAUAUAAGUACAGAUAUCAACCUCCAUGCCUGCCGUGUGACCAAAGAGACUGGAAGGCUAAAUGGUGUGGAUAUUAAAGCUGUUUGUACAGAUUUAGUGACUGAUGUGAUGGGUGAUGUAAAAGGGGCUGUUGAUGUAUUGCUUUUCAAUCCACCCUACGUUGUCACCCCAUCAGAAGAAGUUGGACGAGGGGACUUGGAAUACACUUGGGCAGGUGGCGAGUGUGGACGUGAGGUAAUGGAUAGACUAUUUCCAAGUGUAGAUAGUCUCUUAUCACCUCAUGGGAUAUUUUACUUGCUGGUAUUAAAGGAAAAUAAUCCUGCCGAUAUUGAGCAGAUAAUGGCCAAACUUGGAUUUACAUGUACCUGUGUUAUAGCCCGUAGAACUGGUCAGGAGAGCCUCUCUGUAUUAAGGUUUUCUCGGCAAAAAUGAGUAGAAACUUGUUAUUUAUUGGAAGUAUUCAAUUUAAAUAAAAAUGCAGAGAAAUUCUUUUUUGUUUAUUUCUUACAGCUUACCAGGAACAAAAAUGUUAAAUGACCCUUGUUGCAACAGACAGCAGUGCAUUUCAGACAAGCACUAGAAAUAAGCUAUAGUUACCGACUGCUACCUGGUGGAACCUGGGCAUUGGUUUACAUUUUACAAUGCGUAGAACAUAUGUACACUGAAUAAGUAAGUAGUAUUUGUGAAAAUUAUUUGUUAGGUUAUUAGUGAAAAUAAUAAUACUUUAUUUUGGUUGUGCAACACAUCUGAGCCAAUCAUUGGGUUGAUAUAGUUUUGUGUAAUGUGCUUGUCAAAUGUAAACAGAAAUGUAUAUCUACUGAUGGCAGAGUAAGGUUUAGUUGCUGAAUUCAUUAGGUUAGGUUACCAUAUGCACAACAAAAUAUCUCUACUGAAAAACCAACUUAAUAUUGUAUAAUUCAAACUAUAAUUAACCCUUAAAUGGUUCAAACAUAUAUAUACGUUCACCUCCGCAGCGCCCCGAAUAUUUUGAAAAAAAAAAAAAAAAUUAUAGAAAAAAAAGAGCAUGUGGCACCCAGGCAUCCCCAUUUUUUUUCAUA